GGCUUUCAGCGAAUGAGCUGGAGAAGCUUCUGGACGAGGUGGUCACGAAAUGUGGCAGAACGCAGAACAAGCAGAAGGCCUUGCACCGGGCCUUGUCUGCCCGUCUGGUGGCGGAACAAUCCUACACCGACGCCGCUUUCAACUACUGCUACAGCAUCUCCAAUGCCCUCCUCACAGGGGACUACAUCAAGGAUUCGCUCGAGAUCCGUGGCGUGCCAUUGCCGGAGGGCCGCGGUGCGCGGGGCGCCACUUCCUUGCGCUUCUUCAUGGAGAUUUGCGCCUCAAUCCGGCGUUUUAUGCUGGCAGAUGUGAUGGGCGUGCUGCGGGA